AUGGGUAAAGAUAUUGUUGAUCAAGAAUCUAAAUACCCUGAAAAGCGUAAAAGGCUAUGGAAUCCUGAAGACGUGUACCGAGUGCUCAUCAAUAAUAAAGGAACUGACCGAAUUGAAGGAAUAAAGUUCGACAUGUCUCAUAGUGAUAUCCUAAAGUUACGUCCUACAUGUUUUGAGAGCAUGCCUAAUCUUAGAUAUAUCAAAUUUGGUCGUAUUGAUAUUGACAAUGAUAUUGAUAUUGCAUAUCUUCCAAAUGAGUUAAAGUGGCUUCAGUGGAAGUGUUACCCCUUCAAAUCUUUAUCACUAAAUUUUAAUCCAAAGAAUCUGGUAGUGUUGAAAUUAUCAGGGCCCAAUAUGGAACAACUCUGGAAUGAAGAUUUUCAGGAUCUUGUUAAUUUAAGGGAAAUCGACGUUUCUUUUUGCGAUAAGUUAAGGAAGAUCCCUAAUCUAUUAGGAGCCAUCAACCUCGAAAUCCUUAACUGUAAGUUUUGUGAAAGUUUGGUCGAACUUCCUGAACUCCCAAAGAUGUUGAAUCGCUUAAAUUUAUCGUCCACUGGAAUAAAAGAAGUUCCCUUUUCUUCAGACCUUUCAAAUAUUCUUCCAAAUGAGUUGAGGUAUCUUGAGUGGAACGGUUAUCCCUUCAAAUCUUUACCACUAAAUUUUAAUCCAAAGAAUCUUGUAGUGUUGAAUUUAUCAUGGGGCAAUAUGGAACAACUUUGGAAUGAAGAUUUUGAGGAGCCAUCAACCUCAAAAGACUUAACUGUGAGUUUUGUGAUUAAUUGCAAGAGCCUCAAAUUACUCUCAGAGCUUCCAUCAAACCUGAAGUACUUGGAUACUCGACGUUGCAUAUCAUUAGAAAGUGUAUCCUUCACUGAUCGAAAUUUUCUUUCUUUUGAUGGUGAAAGAAACUAUGCAAUGAUAUUCUCUAAUUGCUUCAGCUUGAAUCAAGAUUCAGUUGAUAACAUCGAGGCAAAUGCCAUGCUUCAAAUUCAAUUCCUAGCGAAGAAAUGGGCAUCACGAUAUGAUCAUGAGUUCUCGAUUGAUCCCGAACCAAAUUUGUUAUAUUGUUUUCCGGGAAACAAAAUUUCAGCAGAUAGAUUUGAGUAUCAGAGCAGGAAUUCUUCAUUAAGUUUUAAGAUAGCCACAAGGGGGAGUAGUGGGAGAAGAUUAUUAGUUUUUGCUAUAUGUCUUGUGGUCCAUCUCACUGACCAUGUUUCCGUUCGAAAUCUUCAAUUUGUCUGUGAAUAUCAACUGUUAGCCGCCAGUGGUAAUGAUGGUGACGGUGGUUUUAAAAAGUUCAAAAGUGAAUUGAUUUUGGGGGGUAUUGCUUGGGAUUGCAGGGGUGACCAUGUUUUCAUUCUAUGUGGGAAGGAUAUGGUUAAAGAAGACCAGGAUUAUGAGGAGGCAUCGUUUCAAUUGUACAUUAACAAUAAAAGAGAACAUUUCAAGGCGAAGAAAUGA